GUUUAUUUCAUUAGUGACAAUGUAUCUAUAUACAUAAUUGUUGGUAAUCAUGAUAGAAAAGAGAAAGAAAGAGAGAAAGAGAAUGGGAGAGAGAAUGAGCGAGAGAGAGAGAGAGAGUAAAAGACACUUUAUGGAUUAUCACAGUUUGUUGUGAAGACUAUAUCAUCAACUGGGGGGGUGUUGAGAGGGCAGUGGAACUCAAUGAAACUUGUGGAUAACAUAUGUGUCUAAUCAUAGAUUGCAUUUUUUUUUUUAUUAAAAGGAUAUAAGAAUAAUAUAACUGUACAGUUUUUUGUCUUUAACACUUCUGAGAUAUGUCGGUAAAAAACAACAUAGGUAAUGUUAUGUAAUAGCUAUAUAUAUAUAUACAUAUACCUAUGUAAUACAGUUUAUUGCCCAUAAAUUGAUAUUAUGUAAUCAUUGUUAAGUAUGUUUCCUAAUCUUAAUCAAUCACAAAUAGAUGAGCUUGAUCAUAAUAAUUCUGAUUAUAUUAAUUUAUUGAAUUCAUCAUCUUCUGUGACAUUAUCAUCUUCUACAAUGUCAUUAACUUCACCAAAAUCAACACCAUCAUCACCGUCGUCGACGUCAUCGCCAUCAUUAUCAUCAUCAUCACCAUCAUCAUCUCCGUCGUCUGUAACUUCACCGAUAUGUUUAACUGGAUCAUCAAUUCAUGAAAUCUAUCAAUGUCGAUCAUUUAUGAUACAUGAUAUUUUAGAUAAAUCUAAACAGACUACUUAUAAUACUACUACUAUUAAUAAUAAUAAUAAAGAUAAACUAUACAAAUCAUAUAAUGAACAGAUUAACACUUUCUCAAUUAGUAAACCAAAUCUAAACAAUUAUGAAGAUGUACAAAUAAAUCAAUUAAUUCAAUUACAUAAUUAUGAACGAAAUGAUAAAUAUAAUAUGAAACGAAAAUAUAUUAAUCCUAUCAAUGAUAAUGAUUAUUAUAAACGUGUAGUUACAUUGGAUAAUGGAAAAAGUGCAACAACAACAACAGCAACAACAACCUCCACCACCACCAUAGCAACAACCAGCAGCACAACCACCACCACCACAACAACAACAUCCAUGGUAACAAUAAGGGAAGAUUAUAAUUCAUAUAUAAAUGUAGAUAAUAAAAAUUUAUCAUUAAAUCUUAUAAAAUAUCAAUCACAUGAACCAUAUAAACAAUCUAUCAAUGAUACAACACAAUUGGUAGAAGGGAAUUUAAAACAACUUUAUACUGUAACAGAUUUAAAUAAUCUAACAACAAAUUCAAUAAUAAAUAGUCCAAAUAGUUUAAAUACAAAUAAUGAAAAUCUUAAAGAUGAUGAAUUACAAGAAGAUAAUAGUGAUGAUGAAUAUUCUGAAAUUAAUUCAAAUGGUUCAUUAUAUUCAACUCAUUCAUCAAUAGAUCCAUAUCAGAAAUUAACAUUCAUAAAGAAAAAAUCAAUAAUCUCAUCAAAAUUCGAACCAUCAAAUGAAUCAUAUCGAUCAUAUCACCCUCAUUAUCAUUAUAAUCAUCAUCAUGAUCAUGAUCAUCAAGAUCAUGAUCAUCAUCAUGAUCAUCAUCAUGAUCAUCAUCAUCAUCAUCAUCAUAGUAAAGAAUAUGAUCUUAAUCAUGAAAUGAAUAAAUCAAAGAAACCACGUAAAUCUAGAACAGCAUUUACUGAUUUACAAUUAAAUGAAUUAGAGAAAAUGUUUGAUCAUCAAAAAUAUUUAAGUGUACAAGAUCGUAUUGAAUUAGCUGAACGAUUACAUUUAACUGAUACACAAGUUAAAACAUGGUAUCAAAAUCGAAGAACAAAAUGGAAACGUCAAACUGCUGUCGGUUUUGAAUUACUUGCUGAAGCUGGUAAUUUUGUAGCAGUACAACGUAUUUUACAAACUAAUCCAUAUUGGGCAUAUCAUCCAGCAGCACAAACAAUUCUAGCUAAUAUGGAAGCAAUUAUGAAGAAGAAAACUGAUUUCAAUAUAACUGAUGAAUUAAAACAAACUAGUAAUAAUAAUAAUAAUAAUAAUCAUGAUAGUAAAAUGAAUUAUUUUAAGCAAAUGAAUCAUAAUGAACAUAUUAUUAACAAUACUACUAAUACUACUAAUACUAGUAGUAGUAGUAGUAGUAGUACUAAUACUACUAGUAACACAACGAAUACUACUACUAAUACUACUCAUAAUCAUCAUUCAAGAUUAAAUGAUCAAGAUUCACUUUCAUUUAAAUCGAUUGAAAUCAAUCAUUCGAUACCAUCUUCAACAUUUUUAUCAUUAUCAUCAUCAUCAUCAUUAUCAUUAUUCCAAUCCAAUGAUCUUAAUCAUCAUUUAGACAAUUAUUCAAAACUAAACUCAUCAAUAAAAUUACCAAUAACUAUAGGAACUUCUAAUUUCCCAUUAAGAGUUACUACAAUAGAUCAUCAAUUGAAUACUACUACAACUACUACUACUGCUACGCCGACGACAACGACGACUACUACUACUAUUGCUACGACUAGUACAAAUGCAGGAGAUAGUACAUCAUUAGCGGAACUACCAGAUUGGUGGCCAUUUAAAUCAACUAUAAAAGAUUUAAUGCAAUAUCAACAUACAUUAUCUUCUUCAACUAUUCCUCCUCCUCCUCUUCCUCUUCCUCCCACUACUACUACUACUACUACUACUACUACUACUUCUACUCCUACUACUAUACCAUCUUUACCAUAUUGUCCUAUAGUGAAUUCAUCAAUCAUAGAUACAACUAAAUUAUUACAAUUUGAUUUACCAAUGGAUUCAACUAUAUCCUCAUUUAAUAUACAAUCAUCAUAUACACCAAUGAAUAUAUGGUCAACAUUUAAUACAAAAGAUUUAUUAUCUAUAACACAAAAUAUACCAUUAUUUAAUAAUUUAUUACGUCAUCAUUGUAUCAUAACAAAAGAUUAAUAAUGAUAACAUUACAUAAUGAUGAUCAAUUGAUUCUUUCCUUGAUAGAAUAUUGAUUAUUGAUUUAUUUAAUUUUUUUUUUUUGGAUCAAUUUUUAUUCUUUGAGUAUAAACAUUCAGGUUAGAAUCUUGAUCAUUAUGAUCAUAUUGAUGUUGUUUAGAAGAACAAUAAACAUUCCAUUGAUGAAACCAACUAGUUCAAAGACAAAAAGAAAGAAAGAAAGAAAGAACUCAAUCAAAAUCAUUCAUUUGAAUUAUAAAUCUUCUCAAUCAUCUACGGAUUAUUGUUUCAAUGAAUGAAAGAUAUUGAGAGGAGUGGGAACUUUCAACAAGAAAAAAACACAACAAAAAUCACACACACACACACAUGCACAUCACAAUCCAAUUGUAUGUGCAAAUGUAUCAGAAGGAAGUGUAAAUUAACUUUUCCAUUAUUAUUAUUAUUAUUAUUAUUAUUAUUAAUCAAUAAUAUUGUUGCCAUGACUUGUCUUGAUCUCGGUUUAAUUAACUUUGUUUACUAUAGUCAAUUCAUUGAUUAUUAAUUUUAAUUUGUACAAAAAAAAUUAUUUUUUUCUUUUUGUUUUUCAUUUUUUUUUAAUUAUUUUCUUUCUUUUUCUUUUGUUUUAUUCUUUAUUCAAUUUAUCUCAUUUUUUUGUUGUUGAAAGUUGAAUAAAAUAUAGUUUAAUUUUAAGUGAUGAAUUAUUAAGACAAUUAUCGAUACUACUAUUAAUACUACUAAUAACAUUACCACUAAUCCUACUACUACUGCUACUACCACUACUAAUACUACUACUAAUACAACAACAACAACAACAACAACUACUACUACUACUACUACUAAUGCUAAUACUUCUGCUAGUACUACUACUAAUAAUACUAAUGCUACUGCCAAUACUAUUAAUAAUACUACUACUAUUAUUGCUAUUACUACUACUACUACUACUACUAC